AUGCUGGAUAUCCGGAAUCUCUUUGAUGAGUGUAUGCUGCAUCCGUCAGCUUCCAAGCGCUUGGCGUCUAAUUCAGGCGUCGUCGGACACGCGAAUUUUGAAGUUGCCAUCACCAAGAUAUUGGACCAAUCAAUUGCUACCAUGAGUAAUGGUCAAGUCGCGAGUGUUGAUCGUUUGAAGAUGGCCCCAAAGGUCUUGGAUGCAAGCCAGGAUAAGCCAUUGACGCUGGCGCAACGUGCGAAGAAGCGCCUCAAGGGCUCAGCCGAUGCUGACUCCUACGUGGGCUGUCGAUUUAUCCGUCCGACGUCGAAUAUGUGUGAGCGAUUUUUUUCCUGGGCCAAGUAUGCAUUGAACGAUCGUCGUCGUGCCACAACCCCCCAGAACUUUGAGCAGCAAAUGUUCCUCAAAGUGAAUUGUAGUCUUUGGGACGUGACCGAUGUAGACAACACUGCCAUUUCAUUGCCCAACAAAGUCCAUGGCCCCAAGGCCAACGACAACAAAGCGCUUCCGUUGGCGUCCAGUGGGGCUUACACACAAUGGUACGUUGUCUCUUACAACAUUUAA